GUAAGCGAGGAAAAAUGGCGACCACGGCUAGUGUGAAGUUGAACCGGAGUAUUAACAAAACGUUAAUGAAUUUACCAUACCGUCUGCUAAACAAACUCAAAGUGUGUGCACUGUUAGUUUUAAUACUCACUUUUGCGAGUAGCAGUCAUGGAGAAAACACCUAUGAAGAUAGUACUUAUGAAUUUCUCAAGCGAGAGUAUUCGCUGAGUAAGCCUUACCAAGGAUUGGGUUCGUCCAGUUCGUCACAUUGGGAGUUCAUGGGUAACUCCAUGAUCAUGCCAGACACCAUACGGCUGACACCAGACCUGCAGAGCAGACAAGGAGCAGUCUGGAGCCGUAUUCCCUGUUACAUUAGGGACUGGGAACUGCGAAUACAGUUUAAGAUCCAUGGUGAUGGCAAAAAGAAUCUGAACGGGGAUGGGCUUGGGAUUUGGUUGACGAAAGAGCGAAUGCAAAGUGGUCCAGUGUUUGGAAACAUUAACUAUUUUACUGGUCUGGGUAUUUUUUUGGACACCUAUCCCAACGAUGACAAGCAGCAUGAUAGGGUGUUUCCUUUUAUCUCUGCGAUGGUCGGGAACGGGAGUGUCGAGUAUGAUCAUGACCGUGAUGGGCGGACUACUGAUCUUGGUGGCUGCAAUGGUCAGAUCCGAAAUGUAGAUCAUGACACCUUCCUGUUGAUCAGAUACAUGAAGAACAGACUUACAGUGAUGACAGAUGUGGAUGGGAAGCAAGAGUGGAAGGAUUGUCUGGACAUCCCAGGUGUUAAGCUUCCGCAGGGUUAUUAUUUUGGAGCCUCUUCGGUCACUGGAGAUUUAUCAGACAACCAUGACCUUGUGUCCUUUAAGCUGUAUGAACUUACAGUAGAACGCAGUCCUGAAGAAGAAGAAGAAGACCAGCUCGAGAUCACGUUGCCUAGUGUAGACUACAGAGUGGACCCUAAUGCUCAGACAGCAGAUGAAGGAAGGAGCAUCCUCGCAACGUUCUUUAUAUUUAUUUUUUCAGUUUUUGCACUGGUCGUGGUGGUCGUUGUUAUUCUGUUUGCGUACAAUCACUAUAAAGAAAACAGACGCAAACGCUUCUACUGAGCAAACAAAAGAGAGUAACAGGCAGAAAAUGGGAUGAGAGAUCCGACGUGAGUGUGACUGGCGUGAGGAACGCUUCUGGUUCUUGGCCCCCAAACCAACAGAAAGGACCUGAACAAUAAACUUACUUCCACAAGUGGAAACCGACCACCUCAAUUAGGAUUUCAGCAUCCUCUCUUUUAAAAAACAACCGUAAAAGAGAAUUUGAGCGUGUUGGUCAUUGAAUGGCAGAGUGUUGAUGUAGACUAUGCUUCUCUCUCCAGAUCUUUUUGCCGUAUUUUUGUACCUGACCAGUUACACUGACCUUGGCCUUUCACCCUUAGGCAGCGCAGAAAAUGAUGUGUGACAGAAUUUACAGACGUGUAUUGCGUCAAAAUGCUGUGUUCUCAGGUUGUCUACUAAUACCACGGAAGAAAUCGUCAAAGCUUCUCUUGACUUUUUUUACAGCACAGAAAUGAAUAAAAAGAUAAUGUGAACUAUGACCAUGAAAUGUCCCAAUAUUGGUGAACAGUCUUAAGCUGUCAGCAUUAAGUUUUAAUCAUUGUGUAAAUUUGAUUCCCUUUAUUCUGUUUUCUUUCAUCCACAGUCUUCAUAUAAAAGCAAUUUUGUGUGUCUGGCUGCACUGUUCCAAAUAGCCAGCAAUAAGCAGCAUUUUGAAAUGUGACAGACGUUGUCUCAGACUCGUGUUGUAAUAAAUCAUCUUUGAGUGUU